CUGGCCUUGAGGAUUUUUCCUCGUUUGUAUUAUCUGGGAUAUUUGUCAUUUUACGGUGGCACGUCCGCUGAGGCAAGUGGAACUGCCACUGGUGCAAUCGCACGGCCUAGCGCGAGUAUUUUUGAUGUUUAAGAUUUUUUUAUGUUUGAUUGUGGGUGGAACCGUUGAUUCUUGGGAUGUACAAAUUCUGCGAAGACUUGGAUCUCGAGGAAUUGCCGGCUACGGUGUAUAGGGAGCUAGUGGAUGAGCUGAAUGUUGAUGAUAAUUGGGUUCGUUUGGGGAAUUACGUAGCGGAGCGGCUGGAACUCGGGCCAGGAUGGCUGAAGUCUCUGAGGGGCAGGGGAGCCAACAGGGGACCAGAAUCGCCAGCUGAUAAUUUAUUGUAUCAAUUGAGCAUUAGAAUGUGCACGGUGGGAAUCUUGGGUGAUUUGAUGGAGGAUUGCGGACUUUUGAGGGCAUUAUCGACGUUGAGAGAGACAGAACCUUUGACCAUCACCAGACAUCCAAAUUUCCCCUGCCAAGAAGUCAAAGUAUCCGUGGGUAAAAAAAUCCAGUUGAUCUGUGAAGCAACAGGCCUCCCACCUGCCUCCUAUGCCUGGUACCACGGCGAUUCAAUCCUGAAUGAAGUAGCGAAAGAACUGAACUUGGAAAUAACUAAAGAGGACCAGGAGGGUGAAUACAGGUGUUUAGUGUCUCAAGUUGGCCUCGAGGGGAAAAUUCUAGAUCAACUGCUCUCCGAAUCGGUUUAUGUCACCGUCAACCCAACUCCAGUUGUCGUUGAAUGCCAGCCGUUACCAUUCGUAGAAAUUAAAAAGGGGAAAUCCCUGGUUUUAUCCUGCAAAGUCAAGAGUCACCCAGAACCGAUUUAUCAGUGGUUUAGAGAUAAUACGAAAUUAGAGAUGCAGACGUCGAGUGUACUGAAAAUUGACAAUUUCAACUCAAACGACGAGGGGAAAUAUUAUUGUUACAUUAAAAAUAAAGUCAGCGAAGUCUACACUGAAAGAUCCACUGUUAUUAUGGAGAUACCGAGGGAAAAGGCAACAGCAAAAAUCGCGUUAUUAAUUGCCAACGAGGAUUAUGACCAUCACGACAGACUCAAGACACCCAAGAAUGACGUUGCAAAGCUCGCCAAGUUGCUGGAGGAAAUUGGAUUCAAUGUUAUUUGCUUCGCUAAUCUGAAUAUUCAACAGAUGAAAAAUGCCAUGUCUAUUUUUGCUGCAGCUUUGUCCGAAGGAGCUUAUGGACUGUUCUAUUUCGCUGGCCAUGGCUUCAAGAUGCAGGAAAGCUACGUGUUAUCCGUGGAUGCACCGAAAACGUUUCUGAGAAGCGACGCAAUUUGCGAGAGUGAGAUAUUAUCAAUUAUGAUGUCGAAAGAUCCUGCACUUCUGGCUGUCAUUCUUGAUACGUGUCAAACAGUUCCUCCAAAAGAAUCAAAUCCAGAUAUUCACAGAGAAAUACCGAGAGUGAAUGAGUACAGGAGCAGGAAGAACUUGAGGAAUUUAAUUCAAGCUUAUUCAACGUCCAGCCAUCGUCCUAGUUACGAAAGAUCCAGCAAUGAGAAUGGACUGUAUGUUACUCAUCUCAGUAAAUUCAUUACGAAGGAUAUUCCUGUGCAGAAGGUCUUCGAGCAAGUCGGGAGAUCUAUAGACACGUGGUUCAAAGGAAGAGAGCGAAAUCAAAUUCCAAUGUUUGCAUUGACUGUGACAAAACCAUAUCGACUGACUGAUGGAAUUUAUGCCAAAAAUUCGUCUCUGGAGCCUUCAAAAUUGGACCAAUUAUUCAGCUUCCCCUCGAAAAAAAUUGAAAUUUCAUUCCAACAAAGUGGAAUCAACUGCCAGGUUCACAUAUCCCCCUACCUCAAGCCCUUCUGCAACAUUAUAAAACUUUCAUUUCAUGUAGUCGACGGUUUAUCAGUCAGCCUCUACAAUUUGGUCCCAAUAGAGCCCAACAAUUUAUUCCGAACGAAAAACAAUGAAUUCUGGAUUCAUAAUCCCCAAAGGAACAAAGGCCCCCUGGCGAUAUUCAUCGAACGAGAUGGGAAUCGAGUGGGCGCCUCAGCCCUCAAGUUAAUGGACUACGUACCUAAGAUCCUUCAAAGCUUAUGAACAUUCUUGAAAAUAUUUUUUCUGCACUGUUUCUCACGAUUCCUCGUUUUAGAAUUGGUAUUGUAUACUUCCUAAACUCGGAAAUUUGAAAAUUAUUGCAAAAAAAUAUUGUACCGGACAGUCCACGCACGAAAAAAUUUAAUCGAAAAACCU